UAUUUUCUUACGUAGAUGAUGAAGAUGAUAAAUAUUCAUACUAAUUACAUACCCAGUUGGGGAGUUCGCAUCAAUCCAACAAUCUGCAAGUCCAUAUAAAUAGGCAUACAAAGGGAGCUUAUCUUCUUUACAAUACCACCACACAAAAUUAGCACACAUUUUCUGACAGCCAAGAAGCAACAAACUCAUUCUGCAUGCUACGCGCACCUCCUUCAUUUCAGCUCCUAACUUGUCAUAUUUCAUUCGGGGAAGAUGCCUUAUGAGAACAAAGGAACUGAUGUCAACUGGUCAUCUCUUCCUACCCUGCUUUUAUGGACGAUUAAAGACAAGUUAGACAUAUUCGAUAGCACGAGUGUUGCAGCCGUGUGUCGCGAUUGGCGGUUUGGUUCCUUAAACUAUCCGAAGAAGCAAGUGGUUGGAGAUGGAAUGCCAUGGAUUAUGCAAGAGAAUGGUAAAGAAGACACUAGCUCACAUGAGUUCAUCAGCAUUACAGGAAAGAAAAGAUUCAGUCUCGACUUGCCCGAGUUGAGGAACUCUCAAGUGCUUUUCUCAAAGCAGGGCUGGAUUCUCAUGCGAAGAAAGAAUUUUGGUGACUCUUAUGAAAGGCUACCUGAUUCUUUGUUUUUGAUGAAUCCCCUUACAAAGGCCAAGAUUGAAUUGCCAGAUGUCGCGGAAAUUUGGGAAUAUUAUGGAUGUUUUUCAACUAAAUCAGGCAAUCCAGAGCAGGUGGUCCUCCUAGGUGCAGGUAGAUCCUGUGACACUGUGCUAAGAACAAACUACAUAGGAGAUGUUGUGUGGAAUAAACAUACUUCCAUAGAUCACCCGAUAGUGUUUGAAGGAUGUCGCGGUCUGAUUAGCAUUAAAGAACAGAUUUACUACACGAAUAUCUGGGGAAAGAUGAUUAUCUACAAUAUGGUUACUCAUUGUUGUCAGGAAAUACCUGGAUCAAGAAAUGAAAUGGGAGUGCAUUACCUCGUUGAGCACGAGGGAAACGUUAUCAAGAUCUUUGCUACCGACUAUAGUGAAAAGGCGUGCUUUAGAAUUUCAAGAUACAGCGACAGCCAUACUAAUUGGCAAAGGUUGAGCAAUGAUGAAAUGAACAACAUUAGCUUGUACCUGUCAAGGUUGCAUAAUUGCUUUUGCGUAAGAGACAGAGGGCUAAACGCGUAUGUCCUUCAGCCUGAUUAUGGUGGCCUGCCCCGUUCACGUAUAUUACUUGGACACAAUGUCCUUUGUUAUGAUAUAGUUGAUGGAAACACACAAGUUCUUCAGCUUCCGUUUGAAAUUUCUGCAUCAGCAAAGUGGGUUGAUAUCGGGUAAUUAGGCUGAACUGUGAAGGUUGCGGUGAUCUGGUGGUUAGUAUAGCUGUUGUGAUUAGGAGUAUGACAAGUUCUUAAAUACACUAAUGUAAAACUAGUAUGUUGUAUCGGACACUUCUUAACUGCUAAUACAGAGUAGAGUCCUGACAAUCGAUUGUCAGGACCUUUUAAGCA